CGGAUGCUUCUUCUCGCCGUGAAAUCGGUUUCCGGUUCCCACACAACAACACUAUACGACACGACACGAUACGACACGACCGCACCACAUUCCAAUGAUUUCCUCCGCAAGGCAUUCCCUCCGCACCACCGCGGGGUCCCUCUCCCACCGGUUCGCGGCAAGGAUCGCGGGGACCGGACCGGGUUCUUCCGCAUCGAAACGACCCGCAACGGCGGCCGCCCACGGGCUCUGGAAGGAUGUGGAUGUGAAUGUGAAUGUGAAUGUGAAUGUGAAUGUGGAUGUGGAUGUGAAUGUUCACACCACCGCCGCCCGUGGCAGCAUCUGCAUCCAAAAGCGCUCCUUCUCCUCGAUGCAGGAGCUCCCUCCGGACGACCCGCAGGCCCAGUUCAAGCCGACGCCUCCCCCCGAGCUCAACAUGGAAAUGGCCAGGGGGAUCCAGUCCGCCAACCACCUGAUCCUCAAGCACGGCGUCGGCAAGCAGCGGCUCGAGCUCCUGGCCAGAGAGCCGGAAUCGAAAACCCCGCUGGUCGUCAAGUGGCAGCGCAUGAUGGAGAUCUACCUGGGCGCCCAGCUCCACGUCGUCGCGGCCCUGGGAUACGAAACGAGCGAGCAGGGGAUCAUGCUCUACACCCAGCAGCUCGCACAGUUCGUCGGAACCAAGUGCGACCCGUCGGUCCAGGAGGACUUUCGGGCCAAGGGACGGGACACCUGGAGGGAGAUGCUGGUCGUCGCCUUUGGUCUGGACCGGGAGGCCAUCGAAGAAAAGUACGGGAACGAGCUCUCCAUCGUCGACGCCCGGAACAUCGUGCACAGGGUCGCAACGGCGCUCAUCGAGCCGGAGAUUCUCGAGGAGGUGGCGACGCGGGUGAGUCUUGUGGGUGUGCCUUGAAUCUGAACCGCGUUCUUCUUGUUUGUUUGUUUGUUUGUUUGUUUUGUUGGUUGGCUGGCUGGUUGGCGGAUGGGUUGCACCGACCCGGAUCGAAUGUGUCCGGUGGCUUGUCAACGACCCCCGAACUCAACUCACCCCGUCCCAAACGCCUUUUCCCGGAUCCUUUUCCUGCCCCGCGAUUGAUGCGAUGCGCUUUCGCAACGCCGCCGCAGGUCGGCCAGCUCCCCCCGCAGACCGACCCGCAGACCGAGAUGGGCCUGAAGCACUCCAUCAUCCAGGACGUCGUGGUCAACAAUGUCUACCUGGGGGGAGAGACCCCCCUCACCGAGGAGCUCGGCUUUGGGACCGGCUCCAAGGGAUACGCCCUCAUGCAGUACGUCAUGGCCUACCACGAGAGCGACCCGCUCUGCGCGCAGUACACCAGCAGCUCCAUGACGAAGAUCUGGAAGGCGGCCGGCCUCGACCUCGGCGAGGCCAACCCGGUCGCCUCGAAGCUGCCCAUGUCCGGUCCGCAGUAGCGCGGCGAGAGCCAAGAGGCGGCGGCAGCGGUCGGCGUGUUUUGGGUUCCACGGGGCGCUGCCGCUGGGCGGGUUUGGCUACGGCGGAGACGCUGCAAGUAGCAGGAGCGGGAGCACUCGGCUGGCACUCGCAGCAGAUAGAUGCCUUUUGCUGUUCGUUGCACCAGCACUUCUCUGUGACAGGGAUGCUACUAGCACUCCAAGAACCAUCACUACUACUACUACAACUAGAACCAAUUUUUGAAGUUUGAUUCUUUCCGUACGUGCCAGUUUCUGUAGUGCUGUACUACUUCUAGUUCGGAAGCACCGGUUCGGAUUGCAAACCGGCUCUUCCGUUGUUUCUGGAGCAAGGAGGGAACCGAGUUGCCGACGAGUAGUACGGUACAGGUCUUAUGACAGCAGUAAUAGGUAAUAGUAGAAGUAGAACUAGUAGUAAUAGUAACUACUCGUACUCACUAGCAAUCGGUGUCCUUCGUAUGGACACCUCCGUUCCGAACCCGCGAAACGAAACAGGUGAGAGAAAAAAUCGCCCCAGAGGACAACAUGUAUGACUUCGUACGACGCACGCAUCGUAGGAAAGUACUUUACUGUACAUCGUUGUGUGCCGUACGCACGUACCGGUACGCUCGUACCUCUGAAGCAAAGAUACGGCAAUCAUUCCCGGGGGCCUACGAUGAAGUAAGUACACACCGCACUGUACGUCCCGUACCACAUGGUACCCUACGGUACCAUCCUGUUGCUCGUUUUUUUUCUGCAUGGUUUUGCUAUGCUACCGUACUGCCUGCUGAAACAGGUACAGUAGUACGGUACAUGACUCGUACUUUUUCUCUAGACCAACUCCGUGCUCGCUGUACCGCACGGUUCGUACCAUACGGUACGAUACAAGCACGUACAUGGUACCUCACCUACCGUAUCUCACGCGUUUCGUGACCGCGGGGCAGUGAAAUUUGGUGAGGCAGAAACAGAAACCGCUACCCCUUCGCGGUUCGCUGAUCAUCCAAAGAACAGAACGCAGCCCAUCGCCAUCACCAAGCCACCGGGAACCGAAGGGUGUUGGUAUCGUACCAAGCAACGGAAAAGCCAUCUCCGACAUCGAUCCGAACCGAGGUGAUACCCCGGGAUUCCAGCAGAGCGAGCGAGCGAACGAGCGGUCUAUCCCUCCCGCCACACACCGGAGACGGCGUUGUUUCGUCGACGAGCGAGUCCCGCACUUCACGAGACGACACGACACGACACGACUCGACACUUCACGAGAAGACACCACACGAGAUGACCAGGGUCAAGAAGGAAAAGAGAGCGAGGAUCGCGUCCUCCGCCGCGGAAAGCGGCACCCUCGAGUACCCCGUCGGUACCUUGCUGGCCGUGGAUCUCUACGGCCACGGGAAUUUCUUCGAGGCGGUGGUCCAGAGCACCGACGAACUCCAGCUGAAGGGCGUCGUUAAGGUGCAGUACGCCGACAAGGCCAAAACCGUCGGUGCGUUGCCGUUGUUGGAUUGGAUUGGUCGCGAUCGUUUUUGUCUUGCACGAGGUUGCGACUGUUAGUUUAUGUUGCGGCAUCUGUUUCCCCUCCGGUUCGCUUUCUGCCGACGCGCCGGAGUGUUCGUCUCACGCCUACCCAUUCUUGAUGUUGCGCGUUCUUGCUUUGUCUUUCUGCGCCAGGGACAAUCGAUCUGAACGACACCAAGACCGUGGAACUGGUCGACGAAAACAUCAUCUCCCUCGAGGACUGCGCCGAUGACACCCUCAGCAGCACCGAUAAGGGAUUCCUCGGCCGCCGCCUCACCGUCCAGUGGGAGGACAACAAGCGAUACU